AUGAAACCAAUUCACCAGAUACAGAGUGGUAAAGCUAACCAUGAAAUCAGACCUAUAGUGGAAAGUGAUCGCACGGUGUUUGUCGAUUCUGAUCUUUCAGAAACAAUUUUGGCAAAGGCUCUCAACGCAGAAAUCUAUAUAUCAAAAGACAUGGUUUUCAACGAAAAUGCCACAGCGUAUCCUCCAGAGCUCUGGCGCACCAACAUUAUAUUCGAGCACAACUCCCUGACAGGUGCAGAAGAAAAUCGAGUUCAACAAUCUGUUGAAAACGAAGAGGGAGUUGUGCAAAUUCAAGAACCCUAUGCUACUGAUAAUGAUGCUCUGUCAGAAGUGAAUCGUGAAUCUCCAGGUAUACUGAUUUCUGCCACCAGACUCUUUAAUUUGCAAAGGGCGAAGGAGAACAUACGACAAGCAAAGGAGAACAUACGACAAGCAAAGGAGAACAUACGACAAGCAAAGGAGAACAUACGACAAGCAAAGGAGAACAUACGACAAGCAAAGGAGAACAUACGACAAGCAAAGGAGAACAUACGACAAGCAAAGGAGAACAUACGACAAGCAAAGGAGAACAUACGACAAGCAAAGGAGAACAUACGACAAGCAAAGGAGAACAUACGACAAGCAAAGGAGAACAUACGACAAGCAAAGGAGAACAUACGACAAGCAAAGGAGAACAUACGACAAGCAAAGGAGAACAUACGACAAGCAAAGGAGAACAUACGACAAGCAAAGGAGAACAUACGACAAGCAAAGGAGAACAUACGACAAGCAAAGGAGAACAUACGACAAGCAAAGGAGAACAUACGACAAGCAAAGGAGAACAUACGACAAGCAAAGGAGAACAUACGACAAGCAAAGGAGAACAUACGACAAGCAAAGGAGAACAUACGACAAGCAAAGGAGAACAUACGACAAGCAAAGGAGAACAUACGACAAGCAAAGGAGAACAUACGACAAGCAAAGGAGAACAUACGACAAGCAAAGGAGAACAUACGACAAGCAAAGGAGAACAUACGACAAGCAAAGGAGAACAUACGACAAGCAAAGGAGAACAUACGACAAGCAAAGGAGAACAUACGACAAGCAAAGGAGAACAUACGACAAGCAAAGGAGAACAUACGACAAGCAAAGGAGAACAUACGACAAGCAAAGGAGAACAUACGACAAGCAAAGGAGAACAUACGACAAGCAAAGGAGAACAUACGACAAGCAAAGGAGAACAUACGACAACCAAAGGAGAACAUACGACAAGCAAAGGAGAACAUACGACAAGCAAAGGAGAACAUACGACAAGCAAAGGAGAACAUACGACAACCAAAGGAGAACAUACGACAACCAAAGGAGAACAUACGACAACCAAAGGAGAACAUACGACAACCAAAGGAGAACAUACGACAACCAAAGGAGAACAUACGACAACCAAAGGAGAACAUACGACAACCAAAGGAGAACAUACGACAACCAAAGGAGAACAUACGACAACCAAAGGAGAACAUACGACAACCAAAGGAGAACAUACGACAACCAAAGGAGAACAUACGACAACCAAAGGAGAACAUACGACAACCAAAGGAGAACAUACGACAACCAAAGGAGAACAUACGACAACCAAAGGAGAACAUACGACAACCAAAGGAGAACAUACGACAAGCAAAGGAGAACAUACGACAAGCAAAGGAGAACAUACGACAAGCAAAGGAGAACAUACGACAAGCAAAGGAGAACAUACGACAAGCAAAGGAGAACAUACGACAAGCAAAGGAGAACAUACGACAAGCAAAGGAGAACAUACGACAAGCAGAGGAGAACAUACGACAAGCAGAGGAGAACAUACGACAAGCAGAGGAGAACAUACGACAAGCAGAGGAGAACAUACGACAAGCAGAGGAGAACAUACGACAAGCAGAGGAGAACAUACGACAAGCAGAGGAGAACAUACGACAAGCAGAGGAGAACAAACGACAAGCAGAGGAGAACAAACGACAAGCAGAGGAGAACAAACGACAAGCAGAGGAGAACAAACGACAAGCAGAGGAGAACAAACGACAAGCAGAGGAGAACAAACGACAAGCAGAGGAGAACAAACGACAAGCAGAGGAGAACAAACGACAAGCAGAGGAGAACAAACGACAAGCAGAGGAGAACAAACGACAAGCAGAGGAGAACAAACGACAAGCAGAGGAGAACAAACGACAAGCAGAGGAGAACAAACGACAAGCAGAGGAGAACAAACGACAAGCAGAGGAGAACAAACGACAAGCAGAGGAGAACAAACGACAAGCAGAGGAGAACAUACGACAAGCAGAGGAGAACAUACGACAAGCAGAGGAGAACAUACGACAAGCAGAGGAGAACAUACGACAAGCAGAGGAGAACAUACGACAAGCAGAGGAGAACAUACGACAAGCAGAGGAGAACAUACGACAAGCAGAGGAGAACAUACGACAAGCAGAGGAGAACAUACGACAAGCAGAGGAGAACAUACGACAAGCAGAGGAGAACAUACGACAAGCAGAGGAGAACAUACGACAAGCAGAGGAGAACAUACGACAAGCAAAGGAGAACAUACGACAAGCAAAGGAGAACAUACGACAAGCAAAGGAGAACAUACGACAAGCAAAGGAGAACAUACGACAAGCAAAGGAGAACAUACGACAAGCAAAGGAGAACAUACGACAAGCAAAGGAGAACAUACGACAAGCAAAGGAGAACAUACGACAAGCAGAGGAGAACAUACGACAAGCAGAGGAGAACAUACGACAAGCAGAGGAGAACAUACGACAAGCAAAGGAGAACAUACGACAAGCAGAGGAGAACAUACGACAAGCAGAGGAGAACAUACGACAAGCAGAGGAGAACAUACGACAAGCAGAGGAGAACAUACGACAAGCAAAGGAGAACAUACGACAAGCAAAGGAGAACAUACGACAAGCAAAGGAGAACAUACGACAAGCAAAGGAGAACAUACGACAAGCAAAGGAGAACAUACGACAAGCAAAGGAGAACAUACGACAAGCAAAGGAGAACAUACGACAAGCAAAGGAGAACAUACGACAAGCAAAGGAGAACAUACGACAAGCAAAGGAGAACAUACGACAAGCAAAGGAGAACAUACGACAAGCAAAGGAGAACAUACGACAAGCAAAGGAGAACAUACGACAAGCAAAGGAGAACAUACGACAAGCAAAGGAGAACAUACGACAAGCAAAGGAGAACAUACGACAAGCAAAGGAGAACAUACGACAAGCAAAGGAGAACAUACGACAAGCAAAGGAGAACAUACGACAAGCAAAGGAGAACAUACGACAAGCAAAGGAGAACAUACGACAAGCAAAGGAGAACAUACGACAAGCAAAGGAGAACAUACGACAAGCAAAGGAGAACAUACGACAAGCAAAGGAGAACAUACGACAAGCAAAGGAGAACAUACGACAACCAAAGGAGAACAUACGACAACCAAAGGAGAACAUACGACAAGCAAAGGAGAACAUACGACAAGCAAAGGAGAACAUACGACAAGCAAAGGAGAACAUACGACAAGCAAAGGAGAACAUACGACAAGCAAAGGAGAACAUACGACAAGCAAAGGAGAACAUACGACAAGCAAAGGAGAACAUACGACAAGCAAAGGAGAACAUACGACAAGCAAAGGAGAACAUACGACAAGCAAAGGAGAACAUACGACAAGCAAAGGAGAACAUACGACAAGCAAAGGAGAACAUACGACAAGCAAAGGAGAACAUACGACAACCAAAGGAGAACAUACGACAAGCAAAGGAGAACAUACGACAAGCAAAGGAGAACAUACGACAACCAAAGGAGAACAUACGACAACCAAAGGAGAACAUACGACAACCAAAGGAGAACAUACGACAAGCAAAGGAGAACAUACGACAAGCAAAGGAGAACAAACGACAAGCAAAGGAGAACAAACGACAACCAAAGGAGAACAUACGACAACCAAAGGAGAACAAACGACAACCAAAGGAGAACAAACGACAACCAAAGGAGAACAAACGACAACCAAAGGAGAACAAACGACAAGCAAAGGAGAACAUACGACAAGCAAAGGAGAACAUACGACAACCAAAGGAGAACAAACGACAACCAAAGGAGAACAAACGACAACCAAAGGAGAACAAACGACAACCAAAGGAGAACAAACGACAACCAAAGGAGAACAAACGACAACCAAAGGAGAACAUACGACAACCAAAGGAGAACAAACGACAACCAAAGGAGAACAAACGACAACCAAAGGAGAACAAACGACAAGCAAAGGAGAACAUACGACAACCAAAGGAGAACAUACGACAACCAAAGGAGAACAUACGACAACCAAAGGAGAACAAACGACAACCAAAGGAGAACAUACGACAACCAAAGGAGAACAAACGACAACCAAAGGAGAACAAACGACAACCAAAGGAGAACAUACGACAACCAAAGGAGAACAUACGACAACCAAAGGAGAACAUACGACAACCAAAGGAGAACAUACGACAACCAAAGGAGAACAUACGACAACCAAAGGAGAACAUACGACAACCAAAGGAGAACAUACGACAACCAAAGGAGAACAUACGACAACCAAAGGAGAACAUACGACAACCAAAGGAGAACAUACGACAACCAAAGGAGAACAUACGACAACCAAAGGAGAACAUACGACAACCAAAGGAGAACAUACGACAACCAAAGGAGAACAUACGACAACCAAAGGAGAACAUACGACAACCAAAGGAGAACAUACGACAACCAAAGGAGAACAUACGACAACCAAAGGAGAACAUACGACAACCAAAGGAGAACAUACGACAACCAAAGGAGAACAUACGACAACCAAAGGAGAACAUACGACAACCAAAGGAGAACAUACGACAACCAAAGGAGAACAUACGACAACCAAAGGAGAACAUACGACAACCAAAGGAGAACAUACGACAACCAAAGGAGAACAUACGACAACCAAAGGAGAACAUACGACAACCAAAGGAGAACAUACGACAACCAAAGGAGAACAUACGACAACCAAAGGAGAACAUACGACAACCAAAGGAGAACAUACGACAACCAAAGGAGAACAUACGACAACCAAAGGAGAACAUACGACAACCAAAGGAGAACAUACGACAACCAAAGGAGAACAUACGACAACCAAAGGAGAACAUACGACAACCAAAGGAGAACAUACGACAACCAAAGGAGAACAUACGACAACCAAAGGAGAACAUACGACAACCAAAGGAGAACAUACGACAACCAAAGGAGAACAUACGACAACCAAAGGAGAACAUACGACAACCAAAGGAGAACAUACGACAACCAAAGGAGAACAUACGACAACCAAAGGAGAACAUACGACAACCAAAGGAGAACAUACGACAACCAAAGGAGAACAUACGACAACCAAAGGAGAACAUACGACAACCAAAGGAGAACAUACGACAACCAAAGGAGAACAUACGACAACCAAAGGAGAACAUACGACAACCAAAGGAGAACAUACGACAACCAAAGGAGAACAUACGACAACCAAAGGAGAACAUACGACAACCAAAGGAGAACAUACGACAACCAAAGGAGAACAUACGACAACCAAAGGAGAACAUACGACAACCAAAGGAGAACAUACGACAACCAAAGGAGAACAUACGACAACCAAAGGAGAACAUACGACAAGCAAAGGAGAACAUACGACAAGCAAAGGAGAACAUACGACAAGCAAAGGAGAACAUACGACAACCAAAGGAGAACAUACGACAACCAAAGGAGAACAUACGACAAGCAAAGGAGAACAUACGACAAGCAAAGGAGAACAUACGACAAGCAAAGGAGAACAUACGACAAGCAAAGGAGAACAUACGACAAGCAAAGGAGAACAUACGACAAGCAAAGGAGAACAUACGACAAGCAAAGGAGAACAUACGACAAGCAAAGGAGAACAAACGACAAGCAAAGGAGAACAAACGACAAGCAAAGGAGAACAAACGACAAGCAAAGGAGAACAAACGACAAGCAAAGGAGAACAAACGACAAGCAAAGGAGAACAAACGACAAGCAAAGGAGAACAAACGACAAGCAAAGGAGAACAAACGACAAGCAAAGGAGAACAAACGACAAGCAAAGGAGAACAAACGACAAGCAAAGGAGAACAAACGACAAGCAAAGGAGAACAAACGACAAGCAAAGGAGAACAAACGACAAGCAAAGGAGAACAAACGACAAGCAAAGGAGAACAAACGACAAGCAAAGGAGAACAAACGACAAGCAAAGGAGAACAAACGACAAGCAAAGGAGAACAAACGACAAGCAAAGGAGAACAAACGACAAGCAAAGGAGAACAAACGACAAGCAAAGGAGAACAAACGACAAGCAAAGGAGAACAAACGACAAGCAAAGGAGAACAAACGACAAGCAAAGGAGAACAAACGACAAGCAAAGGAGAACAAACGACAAGCAAAGGAGAACAAACGACAAGCAAAGGAGAACAAACGACAAGCAAAGGAGAACAAACGACAAGCAAAGGAGAACAAACGACAAGCAAAGGAGAACAAACGACAAGCAAAGGAGAACAAACGACAAGCAAAGGAGAACAAACGACAAGCAAAGGAGAACAAACGACAAGCAAAGGAGAACAUACGACAACCAAAGGAGAACAUACGACAACCAAAGGAGAACAUACGACAACCAAAGGAGAACAUACGGCAACCAAAGGAGAACAUACGGCAACCAAAGGAGAACAUACGGCAACCAAAGGAGAACAUACGACAACCAAAGGAGAACAUACGGCAACCAAAGGAGAACAUACGGCAACCAAAGGAGAACAUACGACAACCAAAGGAGAACAUACGGCAACCAAAGGAGAACAUACGACAACCAAAGGAGAACAUACGACAACCAAAGGAGAACAUACGACAACCAAAGGAGAACAUACGACAACCAAAGGAGAACAUACGACAACCAAAGGAGAACAUACGACAACCAAAGGAGAACAUACGACAACCAAAGGAGAACAUACGACAACCAAAGGAGAACAUACGACAACCAAAGGAGAACAUACGACAACCAAAGGAGAACAUACGACAACCAAAGGAGAACAUACGACAACCAAAGGAGAACAUACGACAACCAAAGGAGAACAUACGACAACCAAAGGAGAACAUACGACAACCAAAGGAGAACAUACGACAACCAAAGGAGAACAUACGACAACCAAAGGAGAACAUACGACAACCAAAGGAGAACAUACGACAACCAAAGGAGAACAUACGACAACCAAAGGAGAACAUACGACAACCAAAGGAGAACAUACGACAACCAAAGGAGAACAUACGACAACCAAAGGAGAACAUACGACAACCAAAGGAGAACAUACGACAACCAAAGGAGAACAUACGACAACCAAAGGAGAACAUACGACAACCAAAGGAGAACAUACGACAACCAAAGGAGAACAUACGACAACCAAAGGAGAACAUACGACAACCAAAGGAGAACAUACGACAACCAAAGGAGAACAUACGACAACCAAAGGAGAACAUACGACAACCAAAGGAGAACAUACGACAACCAAAGGAGAACAUACGACAACCAAAGGAGAACAUACGACAACCAAAGGAGAACAUACGACAACCAAAGGAGAACAUACGACAACCAAAGGAGAACAUACGACAACCAAAGGAGAACAUACGACAACCAAAGGAGAACAUACGACAACCAAAGGAGAACAUACGACAACCAAAGGAGAACAUACGACAACCAAAGGAGAACAUACGACAACCAAAGGAGAACAUACGACAACCAAAGGAGAACAUACGACAACCAAAGGAGAACAUACGACAACCAAAGGAGAACAUACGACAACCAAAGGAGAACAUACGACAACCAAAGGAGAACAUACGACAACCAAAGGAGAACAUACGACAACCAAAGGAGAACAUACGACAACCAAAGGAGAACAUACGACAACCAAAGGAGAACAUACGACAACCAAAGGAGAACAUACGACAACCAAAGGAGAACAUACGACAACCAAAGGAGAACAUACGACAACCAAAGGAGAACAUACGACAACCAAAGGAGAACAUACGACAACCAAAGGAGAACAUACGACAACCAAAGGAGAACAUACGACAACCAAAGGAGAACAUACGACAACCAAAGGAGAACAUACGACAACCAAAGGAGAACAUACGACAACCAAAGGAGAACAUACGACAACCAAAGGAGAACAUACGACAACCAAAGGAGAACAUACGACAACCAAAGGAGAACAUACGACAACCAAAGGAGAACAUACGACAACCAAAGGAGAACAUACGACAACCAAAGGAGAACAUACGACAACCAAAGGAGAACAUACGACAACCAAAGGAGAACAUACGACAACCAAAGGAGAACAUACGACAACCAAAGGAGAACAUACGACAACCAAAGGAGAACAAACGACAACCAAAGGAGAACAAACGACAACCAAAGGAGAACAAACGACAACCAAAGGAGAACAAACGACAACCAAAGGAGAACAAACGACAACCAAAGGAGAACAAACGACAACCAAAGGAGAACAAACGACAACCAAAGGAGAACAAACGACAACCAAAGGAGAACAAACGACAACGAUCGACUUCCGUUAUUAGAUUUUAG